GUGUUUAUGCGGUCACGUGACAUCCUGAGCUGGAGCUCAAGUUUGCAGCUAAACUUUUAUUUUCUUCCCAGUUUUGCCGCUUCAAAUCGCCUCCAGUCCGGGAUCGAGCCGCUACCGGGGGAGGAAUGAACCAUGGUUGAAGUACGAGUGGAGUUCGACUACGAGGCAGAGCUAGACGACGAACUUUCGUUAAAAAUCGGUGACAUCAUCACCAACGUCAAGCAGCAAGAUGGCGGCUGGUGGGAGGGCGAACUCAACGGGAAGAAGGGCGUGUUCCCCGACAACUUUGUCAAGGUGAUCAAAAAAGGCUCCCCUCCAGCCAAGCCUUCAGAGAAGACCAACAGUCAUGAUAAGGACGAGGGGGGUAACGUGGCCAAGCUGGCGUCCCGGCUGAGCAUGAGGGGGGUCCCCCUGGCUGGCAUGGCCCCUCCCGGAGAGGGGGGUGUCACCAGAAGACCCACUGUGCAGAGGAGAGACCCAGCCCAAGCUGAGAAGACCAGAAAGCUGCGGUGCAAGGCGCAGUACAGCUAUGCCCCAGAAAACAUGGAUGAACUUCGGCUGGAGGUUGGGGAUGUGAUAGAGAUUCUGAAGCAGGAAGAGGAAGGGUGGUGGGAGGGAACACUCAACGGCAAGUCAGGAGUCUUCCCUUCCAACUUUGUCGAAGUCAUCAAGGAUGAGGAUAAGGAAAACAUUGAGGAACAUCAGAAGGAGAAAACUGCUCCAGCACCACAGCAAGAAGAAAAGAACGGCCCCAGCGGUGAACAGCCCCAGCAGCAACUCAAACAACCCAAGAAGGUCCGAGGGGUCGGCCUGGGGGACAUCUUCGGGAACAGCCCGCUCCAUCUGCGUACGAAGGCAGCAGACUCUAUCCACGACAAAGACAAACACACACAUACAGACCACAUUGCUAAGAGUGGCUCACUGAAAAAGAAAGCACCACCUGUUCCAAGUGAACCCCCAGCUAAGGAAGAGAAAGCUUCCAAGCCAGUAGAAAAGGCGAAGGUUCUGUUCGACUACACGGCCGAGAACGAGGACGAGCUCUCGCUGAAGGUCGGAGAGGUCAUCAUCAUCAGGAGUAAGGAGAGCGUGGACAGCGGCUGGUGGGAGGGAGAGGUCAACGGCAAGACCGGCGUCUUCCCCGACAACUUCGUGGAACUUCUGCCACCGGAGGAGCAGGGGCCAGAAGUGCCGCCUAGACAGGUACUACGGAAAAUUACUCCUCCCCGACCAAAGAAGCCACCACCACCGGCUGCCUCUGUCAAACCUGUAGGAGGUCUAAACAAGCUUUCUCACGACAAGAAGCAUGAAGACAAACAUGACGAGAAAGCUGAUAAACAGGAGCACACAGACAAACCAACCAACAAACCCGACGACCUUCCCAUCAGGCACCUGGGUAGAAAACCUGGCACACUGCCCCCCAAACCUUCAGGUUCCAUUGAGGAGAAGUUGGAUAAGAAGUCGGCGACGCUCCCGAUCAUUCCUCCAAAGAAACCAGGUCCUCCGACCACGGCCAAGAAACCAACCCUGGCAAAAAGCACAGAGUCUCUCAACUCUACAUCAUCUGUGGAACAAAACGCAGAUGGUGACGUUGGUAACUUUGACCACAUCCAGGUCUCCCCAGACAAACUGACACAUCUGACAGCACAGAGAGCCAAACACCCCAACAGGAGACCUCCAUCCAUGUUCUCUUCUCCUAAGCCCGUAUCUACCUGGCUGAAAAAUAGUAAAGGGAGGCGGCCUAUAGCUACUGAUGGUUAUCUGAACUGUUUGGCUGAGAAUGAGAAUGAAGUCGAGGAGACCAGGACAGAGACUGUGGUGGAGAAAAAACAACCCGAGGUUAUUAAAGAAAAAUUGAAAGAAGAAAAAGAAGAGAAAGAGGAGGUUGCCCCGCCCCCCUGGGCGAAGGAUAUCCGUAAGGGGGCCUCUCUCAGGAGGGGGGUCAUACCCCCUACUACAAAGGAGGAGCCUCUGCCAGAGAAGAGACCGCCUCCCCCGGCUGUGCACAGGGCGAAACCAACUCUGCCUCUACAAACACCCGCAAAACCUGACAGCAAACCUACAACUCCUACAGAACAACCUGUAACUACACCAGGAACUCCACUGGACACGAAGGCGCUGGAGGAUCUGCGGGGGGAGGUCAGGUCACUGAGGGAACAGAUGACCAAGAUGCAGUCGGACAACCGGCGCAAAAUGAACGAACUUCUGAACGAGAUCGACGAAGAGAAAAAGGUGCGGAUGGCCAUGCAGGUAGAGCUGGACAGACUGAAGAAACUCGUGAUGUCAUAACACUGCGGCAUCGUGGGAAGAGUGAGGGGCAUUGUGGGAGUUUGUUCGUGGGUGAACGUGUUCCACCUCGGUGCUGUAUUCCGUGUGUAUAGAGAGAGACUAUUGGGGGGAAAAGAGGAAAUUAGCACAAGUCAUCAAUAGCACGUCAGCAGAACGUACUGUGCCUCCACAAAACCUGUACUGUAUUUGGCAUAGCACUUAUCUGUAUCUGUAUAGCUGGUAUAACUGCCCUUUGGCGUAAUACACCAUAUUCGUGUAUUUAAGGAUGAC